GAGUUUACAAACUUUCCAUCGGGACAGAAACUUUGCCAGCGGACGCAGGAAAGUUACGGAGCGCAGAAGGAAUAAUCUCCGGGAAAAAAAAAAAAAACACUCAAUGCGGGACAACAUGACACACACUCCUUUAGCUUUAUGACAACUUUUUAAAGACUUUUAAAAGCUUUUAAAGUCGUCAGAAACAACUUUUACCAAAGAAAGAAAAGAAAAGAAAAGAAAGAAGGAACAGGCCCAACCAAAGAAGUUCCUACAGGAUUUUCGCAGGCCAUUUUUUUCCGCGAAUACUUGGGCUUGUUUGUUAUUGUCUGACACACGAUGAGCGGCAACCCUCUCCAGCCGUUACCGGGCCAGCAGGUCAUCCAUGUCGCCAAAGACCUUGACACGGACCUGGAGGCUCUCUUCAACUCCGUCAUGAACCCCAAGCCCAGCAGCUCCUGGAGGAACAAGCAUCUGCCCGAGUCGUUCUUCAAGGAGCCGGACUCGGGCUCGCACUCUCGGCAGUCCAGCACGGACUCGGGCGGCCUCCCCCCGCGGCUCCAGGCGACGCACGUCCGCUCGCACUCCUCCCCGGCGUCGCUGCAGCUGCCCGCGGGCGCGCUGGGCGUCCCGAACCCCGCUCGGCACCACUCGCACAUCCGACACCAGUCCUUCGACGUGGCCGAGGAGCUGCCGCUACCCCCGGGCUGGGAGAUGGCCUACACCCCCAAUGGACAGAAGUACUUUCUCAACCACAUUGAGAAGAUCACCACAUGGCAUGACCCCAGGAAGAACCUGACCCCCUCGGUGACCCAGAUGGGUCUGCACAAUCAAGCCUCUACUAACGGCAACAUACAGCAGCGCUCCAUGGCCCUCUCUCAACCCAACCUCGGACAGUUGCCCGAGGCUUGGGAGCAGGCUGUCACCCCUCAGGGAGAAACAUACUUCAUUGACCACAAAACCCAGAGCACCUCAUGGCUGGACCCGCGGGUGGGUGAGUACUCCCUUCUCGAGUUCCUGGAGUCCAAUCAGCCCAGUAGCUUGAUCCAGUCAUUUAAUUCUUCCACAUCCUGCCGCCCCACUCAAAUCCCACAGUCCCAUUCUUGA